UCUAAAUAUAAACACUCCCGAGAGUUUCCGAAAGCUGGAGGUUAGUUUCAUUGCAGGAGUUAUCUUUUCCUGUGCGUGAUCGACGACAACGCAGACAGGUUGAAUUAUUUUAGUUUAUAAAACUCAAUAAAUUAAAUAUGGAAGGAUCGGACUACGUUGGACUUGUAUUACGAGAUGUUUAACACCCUUUGUAUCAGAAGAUUCGAUCUGUUUCUUGGAACUAAGGAAAUGGAUACUAAUUACUAUGAUGAUGAAGACAGAAUUAAACCGGAAGAUUACCUCUUUGUGGCCGCCUUGGACUUCGGAACAACAUAUUCCGGGUACGCUUUUAGCUCUAGGUCUGACUAUAGAGAAAAUCCGAUGAAGAUACAUGCCAACCAAGCCUGGAAUGCUGGCGGAAGUUCGCUGUUCUCUCUUAAGACUCCGACAUCCCUUCUUCUGGACUCUGAGGGUGAAUUUGUCUCCUUUGGUUACGAAGCAGAAAACAAACAUGGCGGCCUGGUACUGGAUGGAGACAGCUCGCGCUACUUGUUCUUCUCCAGAUUCAAAAUGAAACUUCACAACCGGGAUCUCCUAAAAGAAGACACACCAAUCCCUGACAUUUCCGGAAAGCCAUGACCAGCAAAGGACGUUUUCAUGCAGUCCAUUAAAGCUCUAAAGGACCAUUUGAUGGAGCGGCUGACUCUCCAGGGGUUCAAUAUCACGAUUCGAGAAAUCCGAUGGGUGCUAACGGUCCCUGCCAUUUGGAGUGACUCUGCGAAGAAAGUCAUGCGCAGAACUUGCGGGGAUUCCCCACGAAUUAUUGUCUAUCGCCUUGGAACCUGAAGCUGCUUCUGUAUACUGCCAGCACCUACCACAUCAAACUUCCAAUCGAGAUGUUUCCAAAGAAAGAACCAAAUACAUGAUUAUAGAUGUUGGGGGUAUUCUUGUGAACUUUUAUCUUUUUCUCAUCUUACUUUCUUAAACAGAAAACACUCAAAAUAAAAUUGAGAUAUAAUUUUAUUGUUUAGUGGGGAUAUUGCUUUAAUUGUUUUGAAAAUGAAAAAUACAAAAUUGCAGUACGAUGGGAUUUUGUAUAUUUUCGAAUUUACCAUACCGUUGUGUCAAAAGGAUAAUGGUGAAUUAUUGAAUUCCCCCAUAUCAUAGAUGAGGUUGGUUUUGGACUGUCUGUUCGCAACUUCAAAUUUACUUUUAACUUGUUAUAUACCGACUAGGUAUUGCAUACAUUACUUUUAUUGGACAUAAUCAUAUAUAAUUACUUUAAGGCACUUACAUGCAUAAAAAUGGAUGAAAUAUGUUACAUAAGAAUGAAUCAAUGAAUGACAUCAGAACCAGAGACUUUAAAACAAAAUACCAAAAUAUAGCAAUAUUUUAGAAUAGUCGUUAUAACGAUCUAGUUUACCAAUACAAACUAUAAUUGGGUCAAAUGCUGUCUGACGUGUUUCCUAUCGAUUGUUAGACCGUUCUUGGCACACUGAUUUUUAAUAAAGAUUACUCCGUUUACCUGAUUAAUACAUAGGGCUCACGGUGGGUGUGACCGGUCGAUAGGGGAUGCUUACUCCUCCUAGGCACGAGAGCUUCACGCUGCUACAGGUGGCGCCUGUGGCGGAACAGCGGUGGACAGAAAGUACAACAUGUUGACUGAAAUUCUUGGAGCCAAAGUCAUGAAAAGGCUCGCUAAGCAUGAAAUUAAUGCUUACCUCGAUAUUUUCAGAGAAUUCGAAUCCGCCAAACGGUUAAUAAAACCGGAUGAAGAGGGCUGGAUUAGAUUAACCGUUCCAUAUGCAACAGUCAAUGCCUUAUGCGAAGAAAUUCGUGGUCAGAAGAUGGAGCACCUGUUCCAGAAGUCAAGUUAUCUGAAAACGUGAUCAUAAAAAAAGAAAAUAAACAUUGAUGCAAGCAUUCUGAAAAAAUUCUUUGACCCGGCCACCGACGAGCUAGUUGUCCAUAUUAAGGAAAUCAUUAGAAACCCAAAAGCUGAAGAUGUCACAAAAGUGCUGCUGGUAGGAGGUUGUGCAGAAUCAAAGAUUUUCCAGAAUGCUGUCUCUCAGGCGAUUCCCGACGUUUCCGUGAUUGUCCCAGAAGAAGCAGAAUUGGCCGUCCUAAAAGGAGCUGUAAUCUUUGGUCACAAUCCAAUAGUGAUCAAAUCUAGAAUUCUUCGGUAUACUUAUGGAACGGAAAUAACCCCUGAAUUUAUACGCGGUGUUCACCCGAGAUCCAAAUUAAAAAAAUUGCUGGAAUCGACAGAUGUCAUGGUGUAUUUAACACAAUAAUGUCUGCUGGUACCGAGGUAGAACUUGAUCAAAAGAUUUCACAAAUGUUUCAAAAUGGCCUCUGUCUUUCAAUUUGCAGCUGGUCUCUCUAUUUAUUCUUCACCAAACGUAACCGUCGAAUACACUGAUGACGAUUCAUGUUUUCUAUUGGGUAGAAUGUUAGUCGAGCUUCCAGUUAUCACAAUGGAGCAACAACCAAUUUUCGCAGAAUUUUGUUUUGGAGAUACCGAACUUACCGUUACUGCAAAAGAUAUGUUUACACAAAUGUCAUGCAAAAGCACUUUUAAGUUAAACGAGGAUUUGUGACUUUAUAAUCGUCAAUACACAUUACAAAGCCAGAAGAAUCUGCUUGAUUUUAUAAUUCUGUAUGAUGUUGUACGACUUUCAUAAUACUACGAAAGCUUUGACUUGAAAUUAAAUACUAGUGUGAAUUUUCUUAAUUUCAUGAAAAUAUUAUAGAUGUGCCUACAUUCCAAUAAAUUGAAACACACUGAAA